AUGGACGAUACUACUACUACCGCGAAACCCUCGAUAUUGACUCCCUCCUCGAGCACUGCCUUUCUCAAUGGUGACUCGACGAGAAAAAGAGGAAAACAAGCUGCCGAGAAGCGCGAGUCAGUGGCUCGACUUCAUGUCCUCGAUUCACACAUGCGUCUCAAUCUUCUUCACCAAGGAGCUAUGCAUUUAUCAUGCCAAAGUUUGGGCAUCAAUGACGGGUAUGCAAAACUUGCUCGACGGUAUGCCAAACUGUUCAAAGAUGUGCUGAAAACAGAGCGCGUGAAGGUUAAACCUGAUAUUGGGCAGUCCUUUUGCCGGAAGUGUAAGCAGGUGUUUGUUGCUAAGGUAGGUUCACUUGUGUCAGUCUUGUUCAACUUUUGA